AGCAACUUACCCCAGGGAGCGAAGAGAAGGUCUCGGUCGACAAGAACGGCGGAGGAGCUUUCACUUUCUCAAGAAAUGGUCCGUCCCAGUCAGAGAUGAUUGACGCCUGCUCUUCAAAAUUGGUGAUUGGCAGGCAGGGCUGGCGAGGUGACCCGAGGGAUGAGGAGAGGUAGGGCAGUCAGGGCAGGGCGUUUGUGUAAUGCUGGAGAGGAUUUGGACAGCAAGCCAUGUCCGCGAAGAAACUGCAGAUGAAGCGAACAGCGAGAAUGAUUGGAUGUCCGAAGAUGCGGAUCGUGUUUGCGGAGAAGGUCAAUUUGUAUGCGAUGAGAUCCUCACAUUGUGAGCGUUUCUCGCUUUUAUGGUGAAUAGAAGCGAGCAAGCUGUGCAAAUGGCGGCGGUGUCACCGGCAGCGACGAAGAAGGCUUCUGUUGCCAAGGCAUCCAAGAAGCCUCAUCAUGUUUUCCCUCUGCCUGGGUUCUUCCCCAGGUAUGGGCAAUAUGUUGUGGACGAUGAUGGCGAGCAGGUCGUGGAGAGGGUCCAGGUGGAGAAGGAGCCGACACUUCCAGACAACAUCGAGGAGAUAAUAGCUCGAGAACCUCCUGUCAUAUAUUGUAGUGCACUGCUCAACCUUCUCGACGAGGGACUGGUGAUGUUGUGGGGUUUGAGUUAUGUGACAGAUGAGUUCCUCAGCCUUAUGGAAAGAAGGAUUUCAGACCCUGUGAAACAACAACAUGCUGAAAUCCUGAAGAAUAAUGUCUCUCCCGAAGUUUACGAAGCGUUGCUAGUGCACGUGGAAAUUCUUUUCAACUGGGAGCGUGCAGUUUUAUCAGGAGAACAAGAGACUUUAUUAGAUGCCGAAAGGCAGCUGAGCUGGUCUGCUUGGGUGCUCGCUCGUCUUUUCGCUCAACACAGUGAUAGUGCUGAAAUAUUUGCCUCUUUGAAAACGAAGCAGUCUGGCUCAGGAAAAUAUUUUCAAAAGAUGUUUCAAAAGUUCAGAAUGCUAGCGCUGAAAAGAUUGGGAACAUCUCUCGAAGAAGAGGAAGCAAUUGAAGAUUACCGGAAGGAGAUGUACUAUCGUGAAGAGAAGGCUAUGAAGGAGCAUCAAGCAUUAGAGUUACAACUAGAUGCAGAACGCAAAGAGCGUGCUAGGCAGUAUGCUCAGUACAAGGAGGCCGAGAAGAAGAUUCAACAGGACAAGGACACCUCUAACGCCCAAAGGAUGGCAUUAGAGGCGCAGCUUAAAGCCGACUGUGAUUCUCUCGCAGAACGAGAGUUCAAGGCCUUUAAUGCCGAGGAAACAAUGUUGCUCGCGGAGAAUACAACGAUGAGUACCAACCUGACAAAGAUGCAGAACGACAAUCGUGAUAGAGAAUUGUCACUACGGGGUAAGAAAGGCCAGAGUGUUGAGGAGGUGCAGGCUUUGCUUGAGGAGUAUGAACAGGGCAUUCUGACGCGGAAGGCUGAGCUCGAUGCGCUCUGUGAGGAACACAGAGAUAUGAAAGCGAAGAUCAACUUAUAUCAGGGCUAUUUUGACGAAAAAGCCCGUCUGGCGGCUGUUAAAGCAGAAGAAGAGAGACUUGCAUGGGAACGAAUAUGUAAUAAAUUCGUGGAACGAAAAGUACCUUAUCAUGCAGCUCGCAAGAUUCAGCGUGCCUGGAAGAAGCACAAGGCGUACGUUGCUAGGCAGAAAAAGAAAGGCGGUAAAGGCGGCAAAAAGAAGAAGAAAGGAGGUAAGACGAAGGGCAAAGCUGGAGGAAGUAAAAAGAAAGGAGCGAAGAAAAAGAAAGAAGGAGGGGCUAAGAAAAAGUAAGAAUCAGGUGGCGUUAUGAGAAAGUUUCGAUAACUCAGCUUGGAAAUGCUGGAAUUCGAAAACUGUUGAAUCUUCUGGAUUUCAUGCAACACAUCGUCAUGAACGAGUUUUAACUUGAAUCAGAAGCAGCUCUGAUGACGAAUGUGAAAUAUGAAUGGAAAGUUGAAACCUUCUGUACACCUAAUCAUGCUUCUCAAACACUCACAUCGAAGGCACGCCUCAAAUUUCGUAGUUUUUGAGAAUCAACUUGAUUUUCUUCAGGUUUCUACCUAGAUGCAUUUCAAUAUCACAAUGUAAAUUCGGAGACUAGGUCGAACGUCUGAAGCCUAGAGUGUUCUAUCCUUCGAACGGCACAUGAUUAUGUGAGUAGGUAAAUGAUCGAGCAAUCAUGCUAUGGUGGUUGCAAUUCGACCUACUGUCACCAAAAGUUUCACGAGGAAGUUGUGUUCGACUGUUCAUUUCUUAAGCCAUUAUUGGUUGACAUACAUUCUCGCAGAGCGGUGACUUCCUUCUAUUUCUCCAUCCAUAGAUUUUGCCCAGUCCUGAGGAGUGAGGCCCUGUGUGAUCUGCUUUCAUAGAUGUAGUCAGUUGACAAGUGAACACAAAGUGAGAGAGCAAGGGUGGACCGAGUGAUAUAGCAAAAAGGAGUGGACGACCCCAUCAAGCCGUAAACUGGUAUCAUGGGUCACAUGAGCAUAAAGUGUU